GUUUUGACCAAUCUGCUGCUCCAAUUAAUUUUGCCCGCCAAUGGGAGCAGAGCGAUAAAAUUCUAGUUUUGAGCGGAAUUCUGUCGCGGUGUCGCCGCUAAAUCGUUGCUCGAGCUGUUACCUUGCAACUGGUGACGAUGUUGAAGGGAUUACAUUUUUAGUUAUUUCGCCGAUUUUUUGAGUUGAAGGCACCAUAAAUUCACACGAAACAAGGUGACGGAAUUCCACGAUGCACGUUUUUUCGCUGGAAAACAGGGAAAUCCUCCUGGGUCACCUGGAAAAAGAACUGCAGAGAAGAUUGGGAGUGAAGGCCAGUGCUUUGAAAAUUAAAAAAGCUAAAAAGCGUCACUCAACGCUGAAGACAAGAAUUUUCCAGCGUCCCUUGGAGGCUCUUCCAAAACAACCAAUUUUGCUGAAGUCAGGAGGAGUUGUUGACGUGCCUUGUUUUGUUGUUGAUUUGUGCCAGGAAAUCGGAAAGCACUUGGACACUGAAGGGAUCUUUCGAAAAGCAGGCUCAUCCACAAGGCAGAAAGAAAUUAAGACGCACUUUGAAGCCGGUGGAACAGUUCAGGAAAACUUCCAUGAAGUUGAUUUGGCCAAUGUUCUAAAACAUUUCCUUCGGGAGUUGCCAGAGCCGCUAAUUUCUCCUGCAUUUCAAGAUGUUCUCUCAAAGGCUCAGAAGCAAAGCAAUGAAUUCAUGAUUUUGCUGUGCACGUUGCUACCAGCAUCUCAUUUGCACCUGCUGGCCUUUUUGACUGAGUUUCUUCUUGACGUGGCCUCUUUCUCCAAGUGCAAUUUGAUGCCCGCCAGUAAUCUGGCAAUCGUCCUUUCCCCUUCAUUUAUGCCCAUUUCAGAGCACCGCCACGACAAGCUGACAAAUCAUGCUCUGCAGCAUGAUAACAACAUCCGGAUCCUCGAGGUCCUAAUUAACGAGUCCAAAGACAUUGGAGAGAUCCCAAUGGCCCUGGGUUACCAGCUUGGCCUAAUUGACGACGAAAAGUCUGAUGAAGUCGCCAGCAAUGCCAGCAUGGACUCUGUGAGCUCCAAAACCAAGCCAAGGAAACGACGCAGUGGCUCUUUGACAAAAAUGUUCAAUGGAAUUCGGAAAAUCGUUGGUGGCGGUGGUGCUCGACCCCCAUCACCCACCGAAACAGAAACUCCGUGCAAAGCUGUGCACACACCUGUCAUCAAAUCAACCAAAAAACGGAAGGCUGAUACGCCUGCACCAGUAGCCAUGUCAGCUAAAAUGAAAUUAGAUGUACUGCACUCUAUUCCUGACGGCGUGCUGCUGUCAAGCACACCUUUCAAACCAGUCAGUAUGAAGCCAAUGCCCUCUGAUACGCCCGCUAAGUCGCACUUAACUAUUACCCCCAUUCUUAAGCCCAAAAGCCCUCCAAAACCGGUGAAAAAGAGUCCUCACCCUCAGGGAAUUAAAGUCAAACAGAAAAGUAGAUUUUUCACUCCUCGUUCAAAGUCUGAAAGCAUUUUGCAAAGAGUGAUGGGACAGCCAGAGCUGAAGAAGCCUCGUCUGAGUUUUGGCUCAAAGAAGACCUCAAAGAAACAGCUGGUGAAAGCUCCAAACUUGUCCCCGCCCAAGUCAGAAGUUGAGCCUAAAGUGGAGCCAGCGCCACCAGUUUCGCGGACACUGCGGCGCAAGAAAAGCUGGAGCUCGCUGAGUGGUUCCCUGGGCCGAAACAUGCGCCGUUUGGCUCCGAUAACUUUCUCAGACACCCCUCUACUGUCGUCUCCCUACGCCCCGCGUCUGCGAGGAAAAAUUCCAGAAGGCCUGGGAGGGGCGACGGCCAUGGUCGACCUGUCGCCAGCCCUGAACCUGCAGUCGCAGUACGAUGAAAUCAAAAACAAAGUGGCCUCUCUGGAGAGCCAGCUGAACCAAGUCCUGAGCCAGGCGCAGCAGCAACAGCAGCCAGAGGAGAUGGACACAAAUGGCCACACGGCCAGCUUCGUCCAGACCGAGUACGAGAAGACCAUUGAGGACGCCGAGCCCUUCAACACCUGCCAGACGACGGACCAACUGGCCAAACGUCUUAGCAGGGAGCUGAAAAUCCGCCGCUCGGCCGAGAACAGGAUCAUCCGCUCGCCCAGUGCGAGGAAAAUCGGCACUUUGCGGCGCAGGUCCAAGGAGACCGGCCGCAUCGUGAAGACUAAUUCAAGCACUAGGCUGUCCAGAAGUCCGCAGAGGAGCGUCACCGGCACCGGCCAGACAAGCAGGAGUCUGCAGAGGGGCCGCCCCAAUAGCAUUACCUCUGGGCUGACCCAGCCAAGCCCUGGCCAACUGCAGCGGCAAAAUGCUCCCUCUGAGAGCAAUCUGUGCUCCGCUGUCGCAUCAAGCAGCACAUCACAGCAAGUGUCAACGCCUGUGGUGACUGAAAAGGUCGCUUGGCCGACGGCAGAGCAGACCAAGUCGCCUAAGUUCGCCAUUCCCAUGUCUUCCGUGAGGGGCAUGUCGACUCGAAGCGCCGUGCGCAAGGCCUCCUCGUUCCACGCGCCAGAGUCUCCAAUGAGCCAUCUUCACGUGCGAAAGACGCCGAGCUUCCGCAACGCCAGCAGCCAGGACGAGUCGUGGCUGGAUGCCAAGUCCUUCCUCAGCCACAACACUCCCAGUAAACUCGACUCGGUCGGCCGGCCCUCGAUCGCUGAGAUCAAGAACAAGAGGGCCGGCAUGGUGUUGGCCAGUGUCAAGCUGUUUGAAACCAGUCCUGUGGAGGAAAAGCGCAAGGGCGGCGCUAAAUCCAAAGAUACAUCCCCUCUCAUCAGCCCAAAGUCGAAAAGCCCAAAGAAAAGGCUCAGUGCUGGUUGGAAGCCGACAAAUACAGUCACCCCAGAGCGCAGGCGGUCAGCAAACUUCCCCCGUCGUUCAGUAACCCAGGAAAAAGAGAACGUCUCCUCGCCCUGCGACACCCUGAAAGCCAUCAAAACCCAGUUCUCCCCGAAAAUGGAGCUGCCAAUGUGUCUGAAGGAGACGAUCUAUGACGUGUGCACCCCGAAAGUGCCGCAAGUGAAGUCUCCCCUGGCCGCCGUGGACGUCAACAAAAUCAACCCCUCGACACCAAAGCAAUGCCCCACGAUCAAGAGGCCGCUCAGCGUGAGACCUGUCGCGGCCAGUGCCUUCAAGAGAACCCCGUACCAGUCUUACGCAACCCCGUGCGGCGCCACGCCUGUCUCAGUCAGAAGAUCUCCGCGGUUGAACGGGGUUGCCCUGACAUUCUCUUAACAAGUCUGUAAAAUACAAUAUGAUAUGCUCAAUUCUUAUGGUUAAUCCAGCAGUUUUUAUUACUUUGCGUGUGGAUUUCAUUGAUUCAUUUGAAGAUGUUUUACUGCCAAAAUGCUGUUGCACUUAUGCCAGAAUCCUCAUGAAUUUUACAUCUCUGUUGGAAGUCUCACUGGCAUUCAGGCGCUGCGCAGCGUAGAGUCAUUCCCAUUGAAAUCUUUUUGUUAGCCAUAAGUUACGAGGUAAGAAUCUCAUCAUUUUAGACUUUAUUAUUUCCUUUGAUCUUUCAUUUACUUAAAAUCAAAUGAUCUGAUUUUUGUUCUGUUCUUGCCAAUAUCUAAACUUAAAAUAUUAACACUUAUUAUUUUUGGUCACUUUUUGCAAACAACUGUAAAAUAAUAUUGUUU